AUGGAUGCAAAUCUGUAUGCGAAUAAACUGAUGGAUGUGGCCAAGUCUCCUCAUGGCAAGAGGAGUGAACACAGCCUCCUCGGCAUGUUGACUGAAACUCUUCGGAGGCUUGAAGCUGUCAGACGCUGCAGAGAUCAUCUCAAUGGGACCGUGGGUGGGAAGAGGUGCACAGGAGAAGAACCAGGUAGUGGAGGAGGAGGAGGAGGAGGAGGAGAGGAAAGACGGAGAGGCAGUGAAGAAGGGAUGCUCAGUCCUGAAGAAGACGAGGACGACAUCGAAGAGGGAAGUGGAAAUGCUGAUGAAGAGCGGGAGGAGAGAGAGAGCAAGCGGAGAGUUCUGGGAGUGUUGAGGGAGCUGAGUGUUUUGCAUUCAGACAGAGUGACAGCAUGGAGAGGAGCGCUCAGAGAAUGGGCCCACAGGUCUCCACCAGGGGGCAGUGAUCAGCAACAUCCGCCCACAACAGAAUGUAACGUCACACCUUGUUCAGACUCCUUCGGUGAUACUUUUCUGAGUGUCGGGGACAACAUAGAGAACAUUAUGGUCCAACUCAACGCAAUCGUAGCCAAACUGGAUGAAGAAAUCCUCAGAUUAUGUGCAGAGGAGGCCUCAGCUGUGGCUGCAGCGCUCCAGGAGACCAGAGAUCCAAAAGCACCAGAGCAACCCGAAGAUGACAAGAAUCACCUGAACUCCUACGACCCCCUUGAAUCUGACUCUGGGCAUAAACAGGCUGAUGGAGAUGGAGAUGGAGAUGAUCAAAGUCACACAAUGCCAUCGCCAGGCACUGAACAAGCAUCAGACACAGGAUUCAGCAGUUCUGUCUGCAAUGAUGUGGAAGAGGAAGAGAAAGAGAUAUUGGUCAAAAGCCAAGGGAGUGAGAUUAAGGACUGUGUUUCUCCAGAGAGUCCUUUCCUAGAGGAGGCAGAACAGGACACAAAUAGAGUAAACAAGGAAUGGAUCACAGUAGGCCCCAGUGGUGAACAGGAGGACAGUUAUUCAGAUGUACCAGACACGUGCUUCAUCAGAGCACCCACGGGUGUGGCCGGAGUCCUGAGAUGCGAGGUGGCCGACACCCUGAGCUGCCUGAUGGUGACCGGCUCGGAGGAAUUGGUCAGCAGAGUGAUCAGGGUCAAAGCUCGGGACGGAGCUAACAUCCGCUUCCCUGUGACGAUGGCUGUGCCUUUCUGCGCACGUUAUCGCGGCAACUACAGGGAUGUUGCUGUGAAGAUAGUUGAUGGGGAGAGGCGGGCAAGCUACGUCAGUCCUGUAACCACAGAGGGCACGUAUGGAGGGCAGAGGGGCUCAUUUGCAGAGGUGAGGGUGUACUCCCUGGGCCUGUUCGCAGUGGUUUCCUGUUUAAAAAAAGAAAAUUACACAGUUCCCACAAAGGGUUUGUCACUCAAGCUACCCAUGGACCACCGAAUCUGUCUGAACUACCUCCCGGGGUCCUUCACUGCUCCAGUGAUGGCACAAACCACGAUCCAGCCGGUAGAUGCCGUUCUUCUGGCGGCCGUCAAGGCCAGAAGUGAUGCUUAUCACUCGGUGGUGUCUACGAGUCCGCUGCUCUACCUCACCCACCCGUCCUCUCAGCCCCUGAGAAGACCCCUCAGUCUCACCCUACCCUGUCCCCCAAACCCUGAAAAGAAGAAGCACACAAGGGGACAAGAGGAGGAGGAAGACCACCAAACUCGGCCUGUUAGUGCUUCUUCACCGUGGGAUCAAUCUGCUUCCCACAGAAGGAGAGUCCUGGGUGCCUCAGUGAAGUCUAGGGAGACGUCCAACGAGCUGCUGAUUGUUCUGGGUUCAAGAGACAAACAGUGGAGCGUCCUGGACAAAGUCACAGUCAGGAACCAGCUAAACGGACUGGUGUCCUUUGAGCUGACAGAGAACUUUGACAGACUGCUGGUGGUUCGUCUCCUCUCUCCGCUGCGGCCUUGUCGUCUCGCCUCCCUGGCGGAGGAACUGGAGGAGUCGGUCUGCUGCCACGUGGUUACAGUUGUCCUCCAGCGCAGGCGAGACGAGCCUCACGCCGUCCUGGCGGCUGCCCUGCCCAGCAGAGAGCUCGACUGGGAGCUGUCCAAACUGCGAGCCCAGGGCUACAGCGGCCUCUCCGAGACCACGUCAGAGAUCUCCAUGUGUGAGGGAGACCAGCUUCUCCUCCGUUUCAGCGGCAACAUCACCUCCACAGCACGUUCUCAAAACGACCCACACGAGCGGAUCCCCUUCCACAAUCAGCAGAAGAAUCACCUCUUGGUGCGUCUGACUGAAGUGGACCCGUUCGGGAACUACAGCUCGCCCCACUACAAGGGCACAGCCGUGUUUUAUAAGGCCGCCAGAGGUCAGCUGGAGUGGCGAGGUGACGGACCGGUCCCGAUGGACGCAAAGCUUUUGGGAGACCCCGUCUGUAAGCUGUCUCUGACUUUACCUAAGAGAGUGAGGACCAUUAAUCGGCCCAUCACAGUGAGGGUGAAGUUAUGCGAGGAGACAGAUUCCCUGCCAGACUCUCUUCUUCUCUGGCUGUCCGGGGAGCUUUCAGAGGAGGACGUAGCACUUCUGGUGCUCUCCCUGCGUCUCCGGCGAAGCGCCGCUCAGCUGGUGAAGCUCCGGGCUGGGGACAGCCUGUCCACGCAGGCCUUCCACGUGCUGACCAUGUGGAGGAGGGGGCUGCCCGCUGUCACACACCAACCCAAGGCCUCUCAGCUGGCCCACUGCUUGGCCAAGAGCGGCAGGCCGGACCUGGCCAGAGAGCUGCUGCUGCGACAGGCCGCAGCCACCAGGCAGGGCUCACUGACAUGA